AACAACAUGGCUGCCGAGGAUCUGCCUUCUGAAUUUGACGUUGUCAUUCUGGGCACAGGUCUUGCUGAGUCGGUGGUAGCAGCAGCCUGUUCCAGAGUCGGACAGAGGGUUCUCCACCUCGACAGGAAGAGUUAUUAUGCAGCGAACUGGGCCAGCUUCACCUUUAACGGCCUGCUCACCUGGAUACAGCAGCACCAUGAGUCUCAGCCUGAGGAGGUCCAGGAUUGGUCGAGCCUUUUGCAGGAAGGGGAGGAGCUAAUCUACCUGUCUACCUCUGAUUCCGCCUCCAUCAGUAACCUGCAAGUGUUUUGUUUCACCAGUGAGGAAGACGAGGAGGAGGAAGCUCAGAGUCCUGAUCCCCCAAACACCACAGAAGAAGAAACAGUAGUUGAUGAUGAAGAUGCUGUUAAAGAAACACCAGAGACAGAAUCUGCAGAUUCAAAGGACGAAGAAACGAAAGAGAAACCAGAGGAAUCAGCUGAUGAAGAGGAGGCGGGGCAGGCUAGUCACUUAGAGGGGGAGGAGCCAAAGGCAGACAAGCCAUGCCCUUCUACAGCUCAGAGCCAAUCAGAGGCAACCAGGAAGAAGAUCAGCUACGCUCAGCUGGUGAAGGAAGGACGCAGGUUCAACAUCGACCUCGUCUCCAAGCUGAUGUAUUCUCGCGGCUCAUUGGUCGAUCUGCUCAUCAAAUCAAACGUCAGUCGCUAUGCAGAGUUCAAGAAUGUCACCAGGAUACUCACCUAUCGCCACGGCAACGUGGAACAGGUGCCCUGCAGUCGAGCUGAUGUGUUUGCGAGUCGUCAGCUGUCUGUGGUGGAGAAGAGGAAGUUGAUGCGUUUCCUCACUUCCUGUUUGGAGGAGACAGAGGAGCAGCACGCCUAUAACGGUCGGCCAUAUUUGGAGUACCUGCGUGACCAGCAGCUGGGAGACAACCUGCAGCACUUCCUGCUUCACUCCAUUGCCAUGGUGACAGAGGACACACCCACAGAGGUGGGGCUUACCUCCACACGUCACUUCCUGCGCUGCCUGGGUCGCUACGGCAACACGCCUUUCCUGUUUCCUGUCUAUGGCCUUGGAGAGAUACCACAGUGUUUCUGUAGGAUGUGUGCUGUGUUUGGAGGAAUCUACUGUCUGAGACACUCGGUCCACUGUCUGCUGGUUGACAAGGACACCAACAGGUGCAAGGCGGUGAUUGACAGCAGAGGACAGCGAAUCAGCUGCAGCCACUUCGUGGUGGAGGACAGCUACGUGGCGGGGGAACGGAAAAAGGUGGCCACACCCACCAGGUUCCUCAGCAGAGCCGUCCUCAUCACUGACGCCUCCGUUCUGCCCUCGGACUCAGACCAACAGGUUUCCAUGGUAACGGUUCCUCCAAUAGCAGCAGGGUCUCCGGCAGUGAAGAUGGUGGAGCUCUGUCCGUCCACGAUGACCUGCAUGCCUGGAACCUAUCUGGUCCACCUCACCUGUCAGUCAGUUGGCUCCGCCUUCGAGGACCUGUCACCGGUGGUAACCAGGAUGUUCCACACGCCAGAGUCACAUGACCAAGAGAAGUGUCCAUCUGUCCUCUGGUGUCUUUACUUCAACAUGGCCGAUGGAUCCGAGGCUGAGGUCGAAGGUCACGACCUCCCAUCUAACAUGUACCUGUGCUCUGGACCGGACGGAGGUCUGGGACACGACCACGCCAUCAGACAGGCAGAGCUGAUCUUUCAGAAGAUUCUCCCAGAGGACGAUUUCUGUCCUCCUGCUCCAAACCCUGAGGACAUCAUCUACGACGGAGAGAACACCUCCCCCUCCGCAGGGGAGGAGGAGAGGGGAGGGACGGAGGAGAGACAGGAAGGCGAAGAGGAAGAGGAGGAGGAGGAGGAGGAGAAGCAGAACCUUCAGACUGAGGAAUAACGUGGAAUAAAUCAUUUAUCUACAAACACACAACCCUUCCAUAGAAGCCAAAACCUCCUGCAGUGCAUUGUGGGUUAAAGUUGCCUUCAUUUGUUUUUAUUAUUUUUCUAUGAUUUGUUAUUUUUCUGCUUC